UUCGCAUUGUUGAGAGCCAUCGCCACUCUCCCAUCUGCUCGUUCUAAUAGAAACGUGAUUGGAUCCUUCUACCAGAAUGGGUUGAAAUACUCAACUGUUCCCCGUGAGCCUGAUACACAUGAAGAUUUUAGACUAACAAAUAAGGUUCAAGAUUCUGCUGCUGUUUCUUUUAAGGAUAUUGUUGAACAGGAUGUCAAGGAAAACCCUGUGAUGAUUUACAUGAAAGGGGUACCUGAUUUUCCUCAAUGUGGAUUCAGCUCUUUGGCAGUUAGAGCGUUAAAGCACUACAAUAAGUAUAUUCCUUUAAGUGCAAGAAAUAUCCUGGAAAAUCCUAAGCUGAAAAGUACUGUCAAAGCCUUCAGACUCCUUGUUUGCGUUUGGUUAAAGCAAAAGUCCGCGCAAGGAGUCUUCUUGGUGAACCGGAGCUAG